UUCUACUUGUAGAAUGAAAACACAGAACAACAUAUAGAGUGAAAAUCAAGGAGAGUAGAAUGGCAGAAGUGAAGCUUUUUGGCAACUGGGGAAGCCCAUUUAGCGGUAGAAUCGAGUUUGCUCUGAAACUCAAGGGUGUUGAAUAUGAAUUCAUAGAUGAAGAUAUAUACAACUACAAGUCCCCUUUACUGUUAAAGUACAAUCCAGUUCACAAGAAAAUUCCUGUGUUGGUCCACAAUGGCAAACCAAUUUGUGAGUCUCUGGUGAUUCUUGAAUACAUUGAUGAAACCUGGGAAAAAGGUCCUUCUCUUUUGCCUAAAGAUCCUUAUGAAAGAGCCUUGGUGCGCUUCUGGACUAAGUUCUUGGAUGAAAAGUGUGUGCCUACACUGUGGAAAACUUGUUGGAGCAUCGGAGAGGAGCAAGAGAAGGCAAAGGAAGAAUCUACUGAACUUCUGAAAAUUCUCGAGGGCACACUUUCGGAUAAGAAAUUCUUUGGGGGUGACAGUAUUGGAAUGGUUGAUAUAGUUGCCAAUUUCAUAUCAUAUUGGUUCAUAAUUCUGCAAGAAUUGGCCGGAUUACAAGUGUUGACAAAAGAGAAAUUUCCAAAGUUAGGUGCAUGGAUUGAUGACUACCUGAACUGCAACAUUAUAAAGGAAAAUCUGCCUCCCAAAGAUAAGUUGACUGCAUAUUUUCGAGCUCGUUUUGAAGCUGCCGCCGCCGCCGCCAAAUGAAAUCUAUGUUAUGCUUUGAUAUCGAACUCGAAAUUAUGUAAUAAAGGGGACUAUGACUCCCCAGCUACCUAAUAAAUAUUAACAAAGUAUGCACUAGGCCUGGGCAAAAAAACCGUCAAACCACCUAAACCGCCAAACCGAACCGAUUCAGUUUGGUUUGGUUCGGUUUAGAGUAGUCAAAUGAUUUGGUUUGGUUUUUUGUAGACAAAAACCAUGUUGGUUUAGUUUGGUUCAUGGUUUGAAUACCAAAACCGAUGGUUAACCGCUCAA